ACAAUACAUGUAUCACGUUCGCGAUCUCGCUACCAACCAACAGCAAGCAACAACACAACAACAAGAUCAAGGACGCCAACAACCAGUGCGGCCAACACCCUACGGUCCAUGGAAAGCUUUGACGACUCUUUGUCAUUUGGAAGCUGUUGCACAGUCGUAGUCUGUAACGUAAGGAGAGUAACCCCAGAAAAAGAGAUUAAAAGGAAUGGUGACGAAGCACUGAAGGAAGAGGUUUCCCGAAUUUUCAGCCUACCGGAAGUUCGGCUCUCUGAAGACGAAAAGCGUACGUUGCACCUUUUGGUUACUGCUGCGCAAACAGGCAAUAGUUUCAGAACAAUUUGGUCGACAAUCAAGGACGCAUUAGAAACAAGCCACCCCGAAGAGUUGGCCAAUUUCCAACAGGCUCGACAGAGUGUUGGUGAACGUUCCCUGGAAAUCCAACAAAGCAUUUUGCGGCAUGCCCUUGGAGGGCAUGAGCAACAGCCACCGCUGCACGUAAUCAGGCGCAGCGAUGAACAGUGUGCCUCGUCGCUGGAAAGUAAAGGAAACUCCAACUCCGCUGGCAGUAAGAAAAAACGCAAAGUCGCUACCCAAGAGGUGGAUACCGAAAUCCUACAGUUACUCAAGGGUGUCCUGGGGCACUUGUCGCCGGGGGCGCUUGAUCAGCUGAAAACUGACAUACAUGUAGGAGCAGUUCCUUUAGAGGAGAACUCUGAAAACGAAAGCUAUGGGAGCGAUUCUUCGAAAUAUACGAACAUUCUCACGAAUUUCAUGAGCUUGAUCCAUGAAGACUCUGGUUUAACUGCAGGUGACGGACUGGUUGCCAGGAAUGCUUUUGUUGCAACUCUCCAUCAAUGCCCGAUUACCUUUUAUUUGAUGCGAGAAGCUUUGUUGAACGACGACAAUGAUGACAGUUUGAUCGCGGAGAGGGAAGCGAUGGAAAGAGAUUACGGAGAGGCCAACGAUGGAAAAACUGUAGCCACAGGUAGUAAGCUUUCGGACUAGAUUGCCAUCCAAGGAGGCGGCACUAUCUCCUUGUCUUUCAUGCGGGAUAAAAAGUAUAUGCGUUAGUGGGAAGACCAUUUUUUUCUUUUUUUGUAAGUAUCACAGUUGAUAAUCGUGAUCCCUGUCCAGUACAACGAAUAGCACAGAUUCCUUCCAGCCUCCUGGCCUCUGGUACAUAUACUGUACAUGUACUAUAUUGUACUGUACCACACAAACGAGCAGAGAGUAAAAAAUUCUAUUUGACAACCCUGGGGGGUGCCUCAA